AUGGAUCCGAAGUUACGUGGCUUAACAGGGUGCACAGCUGCAGACAUUGUCCAGCUCUACGUAGACGCCCUAGCAGCGGGAACAUUUUGUAUUGAUGGGGCUGGUCAUAUCGAGCACGCUUCAACAAGUUUUGCGACACUUUUCAAUAAAACGACGUCUGAUCUUUACGGUACAAAUUUAUUUGAUUUACUGGAUGCAGCAACAGAAUUCAAUGGAAUACUGUCAAAAAUUUCACUGUAUCAGCCUGAUACUGCAACAGAGGACAGUGGAACAAAAUAUCGAACUAUUCAGCAGACUGUCACUAUCAAAAACACUCAGCGACAGCUCCUCAUUCUGGGCAUUCUGAAGAAAGUGUCCGAAAGCUGUUUGCUCAUGCCAGAAAGUACUUCUGAAAUUAUACCAGAAGUUUGUGCAAAUCAAGUAAGUCGUUUUUGUGCAUUUUUUGAGAGGUGA